CAGCAUUAGUGACAGCAGUAGCUCACAAGGUUUAUCCCAACCUUCCACGCAGACGACGCAGUACUUGCGAGCUGACACACCAAACAAUGCAACGCCAGUAACCAGUUAUCCUACGUUACGGAUAGAGAAGAAUGAUCUUAAAAGCGUCACACUAAUGGAAGCAAAAGCUAAAGUGAAGGACAUAGCCAUCUCCCGGGAGAGGAUAACUCUAAAAGAUGUGCUUCAAGAAGGCACAUUUGGGCGCAUUUUCCAUGGGAUUCUAAUAGAAGAAAAAGACCCCAGUAAAGAGAAACAAGUUUUUGUCAAAACUGUUAAAGAUCAAGCCUCAGAGGUACAAGUGACAAUGAUGCUGACUGAAAGCUGUAAACUCAGAGGACUUCAUCACAGGAAUCUGCUACCUAUCACUCACGUCUGUAUAGAAGAGGGAGAGAAACCCAUGGUGCUGCUGCCAUACAUGAACUGGGGGAACCUUAAACUAUUCUUGCGACAGUGCAAGCUGGUGGAGGCCAACAAUCCUCAGGCAAUUUCCCAGCAGGAUCUUGUACAUAUGGCUAUUCAGAUUGCCUGUGGAAUGAGUUAUUUGGCCAGACGGGAAGUCAUUCACAAAGACCUGGCUGCUAGAAACUGUGUCAUUGACGAUGCACUUCAGGUUAAGAUUACAGACAACGCGCUAUCUCGAGACCUAUUUCCUAUGGACUACCAUUGCCUGGGAGACAACGAAAACAGACCAGUUCGAUGGAUGGCUCUUGAAAGCCUGGUUAACAAUGAAUUUUCCAGUGCUAGUGAUGUGUGGGCCUUCGGAGUAACGCUGUGGGAGCUGAUGACUUUAGGACAGACUCCAUACGUCGAUAUCGACCCCUUUGAGAUGGCUGCUUAUUUAAAGGAUGGCUAUCGAAUAGCUCAGCCCAUCAACUGCCCUGAUGAACUGUUUGCUGUGAUGGCCUGCUGUUGGGCCCUAGAUCCUGAAGAAAGACCCAAGUUUCAGCAGCUGGUGCAAUGUCUAACUGAAUUUCAUGCAGCAUUGGGAGCCUACGUCUGAAACUGCAGCAAAAGAUUCAAUUCACCGGCUGGGAGAAGGCGUGGCAUACAUCUGCAGCUCCAUGUGUCACUCGGACUCACACACGUGAUGUGUAUAAAGCAACACUAAAGGGAGAAAGCACUUCUUCCAAAACACUGUGCCUUAGAAUGCUUUAGUAGUCUGAAGUUUUUUUUGUAAGACCUCUUGAUGUUGAAUAUUUUCUAGAUAUCACUUUUGCUAAGUUAAAUCGAGACCUUUUUAUUUGCCAUCAGGAUUUUUAAAGUGUAGUGAUAGUGAACUUAAAUACGAGAUUUGGAUGGACUUUGCACUCUUACAACAGACACAUGAUUUUUUUUUUGAAGGGUAUAAUAGAACUGGUAAAAAAGUGAGGAUAUGGGAAAUUAAUGCAAAAGCCACACUGCAGAAAAUUUUCCCUGCUUUUUAAAAAUGUUGAAACUGAAUCUUUGUGACC